AUGUCCUGGGCUCCACCAUCAGAUCCUGUUAACAACAAGAACAAACCAAUCAAGAUAUCUCAAUUAUGUGAGCUAUGUCAUUGUCGUAAAGCAAUUCUAAAGAGACCUAAAAAUUUACAAAAGGUUUGCAAAGAAUGUUUCUUCUAUGUCUUUGAAACAGAAAUUCAUAAUACUAUAGUAACAAAUAAGUUAUUUUAUCCUGGUGAACGGGUCGCUGUAGGCGCAUCUGGUGGUAAGGAUUCUACAGUACUUGCUCAUAUUAUGAAACUUUUAAAUGAGAGACACAAUUAUGGAAUUGAUAUUACAUUGUUAAGUGUGGAUGAAGGUAUUGUUGGAUACCGUGAUGAUUCAUUGGCUACAGUGAAGAGAAAUCAAAAACAAUAUGGUUUACCAUUAGAGAUUGUAUCAUUCAAAGAACUUUACAACUGGACCAUGGAUGAAAUUGUUGCUACUGCUGGUAUAAGAAACAGUUGUACAUACUGUGGUGUCUUUAGACGACAGUCCUUGGAUAGAGGUGCUCAAAAACUGGAUAUACAUCAUGUGAUCACUGGACAUAAUGCUGAUGAUAUGGCAGAAACAGUCCUUAUGAAUAUUCUUCGUGGUGACGUGGCUAGGUUAGAGAAGUCUACAGCAAUUAUUACUCAAAGUUCUGGUUCUCCAAUCAAGAGGUCAAAACCUUUCAAAUAUUCAUAUCAGAAAGAGAUUGUUUUGUAUGCACAUUAUAAGAAAUUGGAUUAUUUUUCUACAGAAUGUACUUAUGCACCAGAAGCCUUUAGAGGUACUGCAAGAGAAUUGAUGAAAAACCUGGAGGCUGUUAGACCAAGUUGUAUCAUUGAUAUCAUCCACAGUGGUGAAAAUCUUGUUUUAAAGGAGAAAGAACAAAGAUUCAAGAGGUUAGCACCAGGGCAAGACCCACUCACUGUUAACAGUGGAUUUAUAGAUGGCAAUCGGUGUGAGAGAUGUGGUUACUUAUCUAGUAACAAAAUUUGUAAAGCCUGUAUGCUACUCGAAGGUCUAGAAAAGAAUAGAGCCGCCAUCACGUUAGAGAAAGAUAGUUCCGUUGACGGUGCCGCACGUGUUAUGAGAACCUUGGAACACUUAUCCUUUUAA